AAAGGGACUCGCAUCUCCCGCCGCCGUUACGUGGGCUCUCGGAGGUCGUGGCGGCGGCGCAGCAGUCACAGGCCCCAGUGAAGCUCACAGUCAUGUCCAAGACCCGCAGCCAUGAGGACGACAAGGAUGUCUCGGCCGUCCGUAGGGCCAAGGGCCCGAGGAUGGAGAUGAAGCCUCCCCUUACAUUGCCCGUCACUCCCUCUCAGUAUGAUGCCUCUUUCCCCUUUUAUCGGCGGCCUGCUGAGAUUGGACAGUUUUCCCUGGAUGCCCAGCGCUGUUACCAUGGGGAUGCUAGGCAGCUGCGCUACUAUGUCCCUCCCCCUGCUGAGGGCCCUUCCCCAGGAUUUGACCUGCGUGACGGGUACUGUGACCGGUACGUGCGGCGGGAUGAGAGCAUCCGUGAAGGACUGGAGCACUUGCUCAGAUGGAUUGCUCAGAACCGGAAGCAGUUACGGACGGAGGACAAAGGGCGGGCACUGAAUGCAGACUUUGUGACCUGGCGGGGGCAUCUCACCAAAGUGCUCACCACCCCCUAUGAAACUCAGGAUGGGUGGCUGCUGGCUGUCAGCCUCUUCCGUGGGACCCUCUACAUCAGUGAAGUUGAGACUGAAACUGCCCGGAGGCAGCGGGAGCAACGCUCAGAUCUGCUGAAGGAACUCAUGUAUAUGGGCUACAAGUUUGAGCAGUACAUGUGCGCUGAUACACCAGACGGGGUUUCUGAUCCAACCGGGGUCGUGAAUACCAAUGAGGCAUUCUGCACAGUGAUCCGCACCCGCCUGGGUACCCACUCGCUCCUCUUCUCAGGGGAGGUGGAUUGCACUGACCCCCGGAGCCCCUGGCCAGGGCCGCCCAGCUGCUAUGUGGAGCUGAAGACCAGUAAGCCCAUGCACAGCCCUGCCCAGAGGAGGAAUUUUUACAGGCAGAAGAUGGUCAAAUGGUGGGCUCAGUCCUUCCUGCCCGGUGUGCCACGGAUUGUGGUAGGAUACCGGAGCCCGGAUGGCUCUGUUGUGGGACUAGAGACCUUUGAGACCAUGAAGAUCUUCCAGUUCAUUAGGGAAGAUCCCCACUGCUGGAAGCCAGCCGUGUGCAUGAACUUCUGUGCAGCAUUUCUAGCUUUUGUGAAGCAAGUGGUGACAGAAGACAAUCCAAAGUUGGUCCACCUCUUUGCCUGGGAGCCGGGCCGCCCGGUCUCCUUCACGGUGCACCGGGACUCUGAGCACACCUUCCUGCCUGACUGGUAUGUGGAGACACUGAGCACCGAGAAGCCCCCCACCCCGGGGACUCCUGACUGAAGAGCUGGAGCGGGGGGCACUUGAAACAGCCCCCUGGAUGGCCCAGAAUUGCCUAGCCUGGCAAAAAGGGUGUCUUGCUAUUUGGGUUUAAACGAAACCCUUUGCUACUGCCUCAUUUUGUUUGCAAGCUUCUUUUUUUGAUUUUUAAAGAGGCUAUUUUUUUCCCGUUCUGAAUUUCAGCAGUGCAGGAGCGUGAGCUCCAUGGUGCCCUCCCCCCCACACACUCACUCACACUGUGGAAGGAGGACAGCUCUGGCAAUAGGUAAUAAACAAACAUGGACUUUCUA